GCUCAGGGUGGUGCAUGGUAAAUUGGAUCUUUGUGAAGAUGGCCUGUAGAAACCGAGAAAAGCUGGGGAGGGAGGUGUCGUAUUACAACUUAGGAGUGGAUGAUGGGAUAUCGUCAAUGACUGACUGCGUAGCGCAAGGUCUAAAGAAAAUAAUAAUUAUUUCUCAGGUUCUUUGUUCACAGAGUGACAAUUUUAUUUUGUAAGCAGAGCAAUUUCACGAACUGAUGAUCACAGACCAGCAGUGUAAAUUGAGCAAUGCAAAAACGGGAGUAUGGGCCUCCAAGGCCCUGAUGAAGAGGAGAAGGGUCAAAUAAUAGUAAGUUGCUUACAAGAACAGAAAAUAACGGUAUGACUGUGUCUGAGCUGAGACUUCAUUAAAAUAGCCCAGUACUCAUACUAACACACGCACAUAGAAACCGGAGCGGUGACAGACAAAUUUAUCUUAGAAAGCAAUGGUUACACAAACAGCAAAUAACCAAAUCACUUACUUUUGUGUUCUGCUUAAAAAUAAGUGCUAAUAAUAAUUUCUUACACUGUACACAUGACAUUCUGGUCCCCGCAUUGCAAUUACAGGCAGUGACCACGAGGUGCCACCAUUGUGCAUUCUGUGCACACCGGACUCCGUAAAGACGCGUCUCAAAGGCCGUAAGCGCAGUUAACCCAUCUUACAGUAAAUCAUAGCUCUGCACAAUGAAUUAUGAAAAAUACAAGUCAUAUCAGAGCAAAAAUGCCAGCCUUCCUGUCAUUUUGAACAGGCAUCUUAAACGAAAAGUGCUUCCCUGUUUCAUGAAUAUUUACAAAACAAAAGAUAAGCUCAAAACCUUCCAGUACUGCUACUCUCAAACUAGAUCUUGAGGCUUUGGACAUCGUUCUAGAGGUUUGCAUGUGAAGUAAAUAAUACAGGCGUUGUAAUAAAUGUGACAGGCUGAAAUAUACACCAAGAGGCAGCACAUAGGGUGCUUGUGAGACAGCCAGAGUCUCCGGCAGAGAAAAUGAAUCACGUCUCCACAAUGGUAUUAUUCUAAGUCCAUUUACGGACCAGACAGCGCUUGACCUCGCGUUCCCCACUUCCCUUUAACUUCCCCUCCCCUCCCCUCCCAUCCCUUCCACCCCCCGCAGAUCCAGUAAAUGAGGGACGGUUGUGGGAUAUGGAUGAAACACUGACUUCCACAUAACAGCUCAGGGGAGAUCCCCAAAUUUCAGCAAACGAUCUUCCAAAUACGGAUGAUAAGAUCUCGGGACAAAGACUUGUCCAACAUAAGCGAGACAAAGUGGCAGACGUGUCGAAAGCAAAACUCAGUGGCUCAAUUCUGUGCAGAGCACAGCUUCACAGGGCAGCUUUGCCACAGUGACAGUCUUGUCAUAAAAAUGCUCGAGAAUAUUAUUUGUAAUCCACGUAUGACCCUCCGCUCCGGCCAGCGAGCGAAGUACAGGAGUACGAUCUUAACAUAUAUAUAUUGAACCCAGCAUCUGCUGUUUAAAUUUUAACCUGAAAGUCAACAGCGAGCGGCCGAUAAACUGAGCGCUUGAGCAGUUACAUCAGAGGGGAAGCCCCGGCAUGACGACGAAUUUAUGUGAAUGAGAGAGAGAGAGAGAGAGAGAGAGAGAGAGAGAGAGAGAGGAACAUGUUACAUUAGACAGUAUCAUACAGGGAAGGAGGACAGCGACUUGUCUCUCUUGUUGCGCGUAUCGAAAGGAUUGUUCGUAACUCUACGAAGUUCGCAGAACCAAGUGCAACUCGGAUCAGUCCUUAAGAAGAUACGGGGAGGGAGGCAACGCGACAUUUCAGCAGAGUUUGGACACGCUUGAGAAUCAGGAGCAAAGUUACUAUUAUUUUUUUAUUAUUCUAGCUUAGUUCUGCACAGUUUCGGCUGAGCCCUUACAUACAUGCAAUGCUGCAUGCGACUGUAUUUCAGCUCUUCUUGAUCGUGCGCGUUUAAGCAGCUCAGCGUGCGGGUUUCACUCUAUGAACUGCGCUGCCAUGACUGUCCAAAAGUGUUCUUUCCGUCGCCAGUGCAAUGCCUGGAUUUAUUCGGGGAGAUGUUUCCAGUGAUGGAUUUUGGGAGAGCUGAUCGGUUAAAAAGGCAGUUUCUCCCUGCACGUCGUCGUCCCUCCAGCUCAUCAUUCAUUGCACAGGCUGGCAAUCGACUGAUCUUUUCGAGUUAAAUUGCCAUUCUGGGAUUAUUCUUCUUGUUUUCAUCGCACGUCAUCUGAAGGAAGAGCCACUCGGGGAAACGCAGCGAUGACAAUGAACGGGUCACAUCCUGCAGGAAUGCCGCUCCCGCUGGACCUCCGGAGAAAAGGCAGCGGAGAAGAUCACGAGCUGUCGCGCCCAGAGUCACCUGGCGACACCACCAGCAGUCACUUUCCCAGGGAAAAGCAGCAGGCGAGCAGAACAGCCGCGACAUCGAAGAAUCGUGGCUUCGAUCAUGAGAGCGCACCGGCUUUCGGUUCGAACGCAGUGGAGCACAGAACCCAAACCCAAAAAGCAGCCUCGACGGGGGAGCCGCACCUCGGGGAAGCGAGCAGCGCCAAGAAGCCCGUGUCGAGUCUUCCGCUCAGAAAACGUCCCUUUCCCACGGAUCCAGAGACACGGCACCUGAGGCAGAGCUGCGCCUCACCUGCGGAGAAAAAACACUGCUCUCCCGAGCAGAACAAGUACAGUCCGGAGAGGAGGCUGAAAAAGCACUUUGCGGAACGGACGGAGGUCCCGCGGCGCCACGACAGGACGCCAGCGGAGGCCAGUCAGCGCUUACCUGACGUGCCAGCCUACAUCGGCUGUGGGCACGCGCUCAACUCCUUCCACGGGCCCCCCGUGUUUGUGCCAUUACUUCCCUUCGCCGUUCCUCUCCACCACAUUGAGAGGGACCACCUGUCUCAGGAAGUUGCCCUGGCAACGCGGCAGGACGAUGAUGGCGACACGGCUCUACACAUUGCAGUGGUACAGGGCCUGGAGGAGGUGGUCCGCAGACUGAUCUACGUCCUGACGCAGACUGGCAGGGAUCUGGACAUCUACAACAACCUCAUGCAGACGCCUCUACACCUGGCGGUAAUCACCCAUCAGGCGAACCUGGUGCAGGCGCUGCUCAACGCGGGGGCAGAUCCUGGAACACUGGACCGCAAUGGGCAGACGGCGGCCCACCUGUGCUGUGAGCACGGCCUCAGGUCCUGUUUGGCGCUGAUCCUGAAGUAUUCUGAAUGCCAGUCCUGCCUGAAGGUCAGGAACUACGAAGGCUUGACCCCACUGCACCUCGCCGUCCAAAAAGGGGACAAGGAGCUCGUUCGCCUUCUCCUGGACAGCGGCGCCGACAUUGAUGCCGUGGAUUUCAAGAGUGGGCGCAGCCCUCUGAUUCACGCUGUGGAGAACAACAACAUGGAGAUGAUCAGCAUGCUCAUUGAGAGCGGCGUCAACGUGAACGCGCAGUCCUACAGCGGGAACACGGCGCUGCACAGCGCCUGCGGUCGGGGGCAGGUGGAGGCCGUCCGUGUGCUGCUGAGGAACGGCGCCGACAGCAGCCUCAAGAACUACCACAACGACACCCCUCUGAUGGUGGCCAAAAACAAGAAGGUGACUGAUGUGUUGCGCGGGAAAGGAUCACGCAGCCAGAACCCCAAGUUGGUGGAACCUACUUCCGAUUCCCUUUCACCUCAGAGGUGCACGCCGCAGUCACGACAGCACAGCAUUGACGGAACCCCAAUUCAGUCUCCGAGCCACAGCGUCUGCCCCUCCCCUUUGGCCACACACGCACACACGACCCAGCCUCUUCGUCAGAGUCCCUCCCAUUCUCCAAAGGCUCCUCUCACACACAGCCCUACCUGCCAGCCACUGGAACAUCUCCCGAGGAGUGAAUCCGCAACAGCGACACAAGAAAACAAGCAGCAAGAGCAGCAGCUGCAGAUGAAGCACAUGCAGCCCACCAUGUUAGUGGACUGCGGUAUGGGGCAGAGGAUGCCCAUCCAGUUCCUGCCAUUUAUGUGCACGGACUUACAGCCUUCCGUUGCGAAUGGUCACGGAUAUCCUCCUUACCACAUGCAGACUUUGUACUCGGACCCACCGUGCAUCAUUCUGACGCAGAGCCUGCCUCAAGCAGUUAACCAUAGUAGACAUUCCAGGCCGUGUUACGUUCCGGGCCAUUCGCGGCCCUCGAGCCGGAGCAGUGACCAGUCAGAGUCGGGGUCCACCGUGAGCGUCAGCAGCAUGGGCAAAGAUGAAAGCUGACGAGCGAUCUGCAGUCUCUUACCUCCUUUACUUGACUUAGCUGCCUUUAAGUUACCCCAAGGGUUCAGGCGUUGAGCUUUAAUGCUGUGCUGUUACAGUGUGGAGACUAUACCAGAUAGAUGUCGCCCCAUUUUCUAAUUACAGCUCAAAAUAACUAUUAUUGAAGUAUUAAUAUUCAUACUAGUAUGAUGAGAUUGCAAAAAGAAUGCGGUUUAUUUAUCGCUCCACAUUUAAUUUGUCACUACCUUGUGAUGGACUGGCGUCCCGUCCAGGGUGUGCCCCCCCCCCCCAUU